AUGGCGACAUAUGUUCUACCGACCACAGUUUACCAGCCACCUCCGCAGGUUCGGAGGGAGGCGAGAGUUACCUUGAUCGAGGACGAAGUUCAGGUCAACAUACCUUCAUAUCAUCAUCCUGCAAAGCUUACGAUCACUUCUCCGAUGUCUGACGAUGUGCUCACACCACGGGGUCUGGCAGCAACGAUCACACCAGCAACAGACGCCACCUCUGAAGUCUCGUCCAUGUGGAGUCAACGUAGUUCCAAAUCCAGCUUUGACAGCUUAUAUGACUUGACGGAUAGCGAGGGCGAGGAGGUACCGCUGAAGUUGUCUGCUUCUGUCAAGAAGCAUGUGUCCGACAAAGAACGCAGCAAGUACCCCUCUCUUGUCAUACCCUCGCCUUCGCAAUGGCCGUCCAUCCACAAGCCACACACUUUUCAACCUGUGGGCUUGUCUCCUGCGACAAAGCUUGCUUCCCCUUCGGCGUUCACGGUCUGGCAAGCUCAGAGAUUGAGGGUGCCUAGUGGUACUUCAACACCUUCUCUGGAUGGGAGUUUGACCAGCGAAGAACUUGCCUUGAGCAGUUGUCCUUCUACACCAGAUCUGGCGUCGAGAGAGGAGAUUGUUGAUGAAUGGGAGCCACCAUGCCAACUCCAUCCAGAUGCAUUCGAGACGUUGCACCAGCUCAGUCCGGAAGAAGCUGCGAACGAGGUCAUCGAGACAGUGCUUGAUGUGCCAGAAGAAGCCGCUCAUGAAAUGUCAGAGAUCAUCAAGACGACUCCAGUACGUCUGGAUUUCGCACUCAUAUCUGUCAACCCUGAGGAGCAGCAAACCCAAGACCCAAUUUCUGCUCUCAGUGUGCCUUCGCCCGGUGGCUUCUUCUCUUCUCUAGCACCAGUAGCCGCCCAAACCUGGGCUAUCAGGACACCAGAACCCUCGACCAGCGUAGCGGAGAACUUCUACGGCGUUCCAUGGCGUGGAAGCGCAGCGCGGUCAAGUGAACAGCACCCACGCGUGAGAACAACAACAAUCAUCACCACAGCGCCCGCAUCACCACAAGGCCCACCCACGGCAAUCAAAGACGUGUUCUCACCCAUCGAUCGCUCAGUAGAGAUUUGCGAAAUCACCGACGUAUGUGUUCCUCCUUCAGAGUACAAUGAGCAGUAUCAGGAGAAACUAAAACAGUCAGCGUUGGCGCACUUCGAACGCACAAAGGGUUGGUUAGAGGACCAAUUCGCCAUUGUCACUGUCAACGUCAACAACGAAAAGGUUGCCGCGCCGACUACGCCUGACAUGACAUCGCCGUCUACGGUCUCGCCGGCGAGCAGCCCGUCCAGGAAGAGCGUCAGGUUUGCGCCUGAGGCUGCUGCGAGCCCGAGACCAUCGACCAACACGACUGUUUCUGCGCCUGCCUCGCCUUCUGCGGAUACUGUUGUUUCUUCCACUUCUGACAACAACGAUCGCAUCUUUGUCGACGGCUUCAGAUCAAUCAUGUCACGUCACAAGCCUACAGAUGCCUUUGUGCACCGCCAGCCUCGCCUUGAAAGCACGCACAAUCUGCGCCGCAACUUUUCCGCUGCCUAUUUGCGCACUCUGCACAACAACUUCUCUAUUGCCGAGCCUUCGCGUCCAGUAUCCACUCGUCCCAUUUCAACUAUGCUGCCCGCGCCUUCCCCUGAAGACGACGCAAAGAGAGAAGUGAUUGCAGCCGUAGAGCGCGAACGCAGUGUGCUCGAGCAAGUCUCCCCUCAGACCUGGGAGCUCGAGGCUCUUGCCUAUCUCCGUGGUGGUUCUCUGUUGACCAAGGAGGUGACUGCUCACCUGAGUUCCUUGCCUUCGGCUCAGAUCUUGGACUUUGGAGGCAAGCCUAAUGCCGACUGGGGCUGGACAGUCGCAACCUCGUUCCCUAUGGCCAAAGUCUACACUGUUUACUUUGAGCCCGACACAGAGAUCUUGAAGGCACCGACCAACUUCGUCGCCGUCGAGGCUGAGAAACCAUUUGCUCUGCCUUUCGCAAACGACACUUUCGACGUCAUCUCUGCACGCUCUUUGCACUCGCUGCUCAAGAGUGAUCAGUGGAGUCCCACCCUCUCCGAAUUACACCGUGUGCUCAAGCCCUCCGGAUACCUCGACUUCAGCCUCUUGGACGCCCUGCUCAUCAAUGUCGCAGCCGGUGCCUGGGGUCAAGUGAUGAACGCCGAAUUCGGACACAAGCUGCAGCAAAGAGGCUACGAGCGCGAGCCCACCAAGCAAUUCUUGGGUAGACUCGAGAGUGCAGGAUUCAAGGAUCUCAAGCGCAUGUGGAUGUUCUUGGGUAUGGGAGACGUACAGCCAAUCUGGAAAGACGAGGGAAAGAGCCCUGUUGCAAAGCCUCCUACUCGCCCUUUGCCUGCUAUCCCUGGUGCUGCCAAGAAAUCUACUACAGCAAAGCGACUCCCCAUCACAGUCAAGUCUCCCGCAACCCCCAAGAUGACUGCUUCUACCGCUGGACCUGAAGAAGCAACCAAACCCAAAGGUGCAAUUCACUAUCAAGUCCCCAUCCGCGAUGCCGCUGGCAAUAUCCUGCUUGACCACAAUGGCAACCCAUCCUACUAUCCUCCUGCACUUACCGGCAGCACUUCAGCUGUUGCGCCCGUGACUGGACUCUUGGGUGUAAGAUUGUGGGAGCAGUGGGUGUACAAGCUGGCCAAGGAAAUGGGUGGAGAAGAGGCCGAACUGCAGAUGUUGGAGCAGGUUUGUGGAGUGCUCGAGCAGGGAGGAAAGGCAGGCAGUGGAGUCGGCUGUUUGAUGGGAGUGUGCAGAAAGUGA